UGCAAUAACUGAAAAUGGGGAAAACCUCAGUAAUAUAAAAAUCAUCUCCGUGCUUUCUGGAGGUAUCGAUUUAGUUUACCAAGAUGUGGCGGCUGGGAGGUCUUGGUUGGGAUGCGGGCUGCGCACAGCUCCUGUUGCUUGUUUGCCCCUUUCUCAUCUCUCUCGGAGAUUGUCUUUUCGUGACUGAUUAUUUUACCCGAACGCCUCGAAAACUGAAUGCAUUCCGGUCAUUUGCCAGUGUGGAGCUGUUCCAUUUUAAUAUGCCUGAUGACACAGUGGUUGCUGUCUGGAACCUUAUCACGUUUAAAGAACAAGGCGGCACAUUCGGAGACAGCUGCCCUGACCGUAACGUCACUGUGUAUUUCAGAUCUGGAGCACCACCUGUUAUCAACCCUUUUCACACUAGUUUUCCAAAGGACACCAUUGUCCCGGGAUCAUUUGCAGUGACCCUAACUUGGACUCUGCCUAACAGAACCACAGGGGUGUUCAAUAUUACCAGCCCCGUGCCUGGAGACUGGUUCCUUGCUGCACAUUUACCCAAGGAUGAAGGAAAGAUUUCUAUCAAGGGGCUCUAUGAAGAAUGCCAAUACCUCUUUCAACCCCAAUUAAUUGUGCAGAGAUUGAUUGGUAUUCCUGUCCUUUAUCCUGGAUACUUGGUAGAUCAGAUGAUCCCAGUUCACAACAAAUCCGCUCUCUAUAAAGUGUACAUUCCCAAUUACAGCUCCAGAAUCAAGGUGCAGCUUAAGGGCUGCAGAAUUAGUAACAGAACUAUGGAGAGCUGCCCUGUCAUUCUGAAAAUAAGAGCGAAGGCACCCCCUCUGCAUAACUCAACAUACAUUGACUGUAAAGAUCGCAUGAGCUGUGAGCUGGAGACUAAGCUUCCCUUUUGGGAACACUGGUACUAUAUCUUGCUUGACAAAUACAUUGGGAAUGUCAACUUUUAUUUCCGGAUUCAAGUUCAAGUGAAAGAUUGUUCCAAGCCCAGUAUUGCAAGAAGCAGCUCCCCAAACUCAGCCCUCAACAUGCCCCAGUCAUUUGGCUUUCCAACGGGCUUGUCCCUCACAGAUUCCCUACCCGCCGCUGGUUUACCUCCAAUGAUGCAGAACAUCUCAGAGAGUACCCCCUUUGUAAAUGAAGACACUGGCACUCAUCUGCUGCCUAGUUCUGACAUGGAUACAUGUUGGCCAAUAAGGCCAACUCUUCGGAACGAGCUGGACACUUUCUCUGUUCAUUUUUAUAUAUUUUUUGGACCAAAUAUCUCCAUCCCUCCAAACAGAGCAGCAGUGUUUGCAAUUAACCUGAUGCCUGUUCUAGACAGUGGUGGGGUUUUAAACCUGGAGCUUAAAUUAAAUGUGUCCUCAGUGAUGAGAGAAAAUGUGACAGUGUUUGGCUGUUUGAAUCACGGGACGCCCCUAACAUUAGCCGACAAUUCCACUGUGAGCUGCGAGUCAGAGUUCUCUGCAGGAUUUGUGUUGUCUGUCAAUACCACCUCGAACAUCACCAAGCUAAGGAUUCCAUACCCCCAGACUGGCACCUGGUACCUGAGUUUGCGCUCUCUCUGUACAACAGACCAUGGGUUUGCUGUAUGCAGUAAUGUGACAGCUGAAGUGUAUUUGAGGUCUUAUCUUACACCUUGUAUCAAUGACUGCGGGACAUACGGACAGUGUAAACUUCUUCGCACAAAUAAUUUCCUGUAUGCAGCCUGUGAGUGCAAAGCAGGGUGGGAUGGCUGGGGCUGCACUGAUAACUCAGUGGCAUACUCCUAUGGAUUUCAACUUCUGUCCACUCUGCUGCUCUGUCUUAGUAACCUGAUGUUUGUCCCUCCUGUUGCUAUAGCCAUUCGGAGUCAUUGCUUGCUUGAGGCUUCUGUCUACAUUUUCACCAUGUUCUUUUCUACUUUUUACCAUGCCUGUGACCAGCCUGGGGUUGUGGUUUUCUGCAUAAUGGAAUAUGAUGUUCUGCAGUUCUGUGAUUUCCUGGGCUCACUCAUGUCUGUCUGGGUCACUGUUAUAUCUAUGGCAAGGCUGCAAUCCAUCAUCAAGCAGGUCCUCUACUUACUGGGUGCUAUGGUGCUUUCUAUGGCCCUGCAGCUUGACAGACAUGGACUAUGGAAUCUCCUUGGACCUAGCAUUUUUGCCUUGGGGAUAAUGGCUAUUGCUUGGACUGUACGGACAAUCAGAAGACGCCGCUGCUACCCACCCACCUGGAAGCGUUGGGUUUUCUACCUCUUCCCUGGCACUGUGAUCGCCACCUCGGCUGUGGCGCUGUAUGCCUUUGUGGAGACCGAGGAGAACUACUUCUACAUCCACAGCAUCUGGCACAUGCUGAUUGCUGGUAGUGUUGGCUUCCUGCUUCCCCCACGUGCCAAACAUGAUAACAAGGUCCCACCUAUUCAAAGGAGGAGAGGGUGUGGCUACCAGCUGUGUGUCAACGAGCAUGAAGAAAUGGGCUUGGUUGAUCCAGCCGUUGUGUCCAUUAACAGCAUCUGUACAAGUUGAUAUCCUUGGCUUUAGAGACUCAUAUUGCCUUCUAUUAUGAAAACAGGAAACAAAGCCAGACAACUGAAGAACAUUGUAAAUAACCUACAAGGAUUUGUUUUUUAAUAUUAUUUAUUAAUGAUUUAAUUUUUUUUUGGCAAAGUAUAACUGUUUUUACAGUGUUAUUUCUUUAAUUUAAGCUAACCACUGCUGCUAUUUUCACAGUGACUGUAAAACACUACUUUAUUAUUAUUCUUGUUAAUGUGUUUUACUACUAGGUUAAAAAUAUAUAGACCAAAUGUUUGACUCUUAUUUGGAAACACAGGCACGGCUUUCCUUUUGGAUAUCUCUUUUUUCAAUGCACCAGCCGUCACAAUGUUUUAAAGUAAAGUUUUGUUCUGUAGUAUGUUUGAUAGUCUGUGGGAUUGCAGUUUAUUGCUUCUGCGGGUGUUGCUGUACUUGUGAUGUUGUGCUGGAUAUGGGAAGGCAGCUGCCUCCACACAGAAAUAUUGCGGCUUUGUUUCAGAGUGCCCAGAAAGGGUUUAUAUGGUGUGCUGAUGCUGACUGGAUCUCCUCUGCGUUAUAAUGGUAACAGUGA